AUGCAGCCACCCCCCGGUACACCCCGUUGUCUAGAAGCCUCAGCUGCUGCUGCCCUCUCGAGCACAAAGUCGACGCAGCAGCGCCGACAGCCUGGCUUGCCAACUCCCCACAGACCUUCUGACCAACCCACAGCAGCUCCGGGAGAGACGCCUUCAGACUUCGUCCCUGCCUGUCGCACUCUCUGCGCAGUGGCGAAUGUUCAAGCUGUACAGACAGGUCCAACUGCUGCAGCCGUUCUCCCCAACGGGCAUGACAGGUCGAUCCUCUGCGUGGAUGUACACCCCUCAAAAAAGUACUGCGCUACGGGCAGCGCAGACGGGGGGAUCCGUGUGUUUGCUCUUCCGGGGGGGGAAGCGGAGGGGUCGCUUGUGUGUGAGCUGUACGGUGCCUCGGGUGGUCACUCUGACUGGGUGACGUCGUGUGCGUAUUGCGAGGACGGUCAGUUGCUUUCGGGAGGCAUGGACGGGAAGGAGCAGCCGACCACACCUGCUGCUGCUACUGCUGCUGCUGCUGCUGCCUCGGUGGCAUCCGUCAAUGCAGGGAGGGGGGGCCUCCUCUGUGGGGCCCCCCUGGAUGACUGCGCGGGCCUCGUUUGUGCAGGUGCAGCAGACGGGGCCCUCUACCUGCUCGACAUGAUGGCUGGCCAGCGGGGUGUACAGGGAGGGGGCCCCCUUUCCCGCCAGCGGGUGCCUUCGGGGGCAGCUGCAUGCUGGGGGUACGGGUGCAGCAGUCGGGGAGCUGUGCAGACUGUGAGAACGGUCGAGAAAAUGCCGUCUGAAGGCGGCGACGGAAUAGCCACUACGUCGGCUAUUCUUGCGGGGGGGGAUGAUGGUCACCUUGCAUGUCUUGAGCUCGGCUGA